UUAAAAAAACGAAGUUUUUAUAAAGAAAAUAAGUAAAUUUUAACAAAAACUACAAAAUAAAUAUGUAGAAAAUGUAAAUAACUAAAAUUCAAUACUAGUAAUAAAUAAAAUUCUUUGAUAAACUUGUUAAAAUAACCAGCAAAAUGCAAUCAACAUUUACUAAUUCCGCUGUAGAGGAUUCCUCACCCAACCAAUGGAUCAACUGGUGUCGUUUGUGUGCCAAGGAGGAUAGACAGAAUAACAUAAACUUUCUAUAUCAAAAUGAAGAACAUUUAGAAAAUGUGAAUAAGAAAUUAAGUAUACAGGAAGCUUUGGCGAAAUAUUUUUGGGUACAGACUUCCUUGGAGGAUUCUAUGCCCAAAAUGUUAUGUACAGAUUGUUUGUCGUUGGUGUCUUCCAUGAUAAACUUUAAUGAACGUGUGGAACGCGUGCAACUUAUGUAUUUACACUUGGCCGAACACCAAGUCAACACAAAUUGUUUGGAUUUGAAUACAAUACGUUUGAAAUUUGAUGUUACUGAAACAGAAAGAGAUCAUUGGUUUUCAAAAUAUUCCUUAAAUGAUACAAAUUAUAUGGAUAAAAACUCCCAUGAAUUGACAAUUAAAGAUAAUAGCCAGCCAUCUGCCAGUGAGGGACAAUUUAAAGUACAAAUUAAACAGGAAAAUGGAGAGAAACUCAUGGCAAUGGAUUAUGAUAAAUACAUGGAAGAAGAUACCGACCAGGAAAAGGAGGAAAUGGUAUUUGAAGACAAUGUCAAUGAUUCAUGUCCGGAAGAUGAUGAAGAUCCAUUUCAACAUGAUAAAGAACCGACAUUUAUGGAAAAUUCAUCUUCGGCAGAAGAUAUAGAAGAAAAAGAAAUAGAAUCUUGUGCUAUUAAAAGCGAAGCUGAAGAACAAAAACCCCAACUAGACAGAAGUAAAAAGAAAAAGAAAAGAAAAAAAUUAAAACAAUUUUCCAGCAUAGAUUGCAAGAAAAAGAAAAACUCUAGCAUUAAGGACUUUAAAAUGGAGGCUACUUGUAAAGAGUGUGGUGAAAAUUUCACCAAAUACAUACUAUAUCGUGAACAUAUGCAACUGCAACAUGAUCACAGUCAUAGUAAUAAACACUGGCCAUGUCCUGCAUGUGAUAAAGUUUUACUCAGUCUUUUUAAUCUGGAGAGACAUGUACGAAUUCAUAUGCCACUGGAGUCUAGGAAAACUAUAAAAUGUCCCGAAUGUGAUAAUCGUUAUACAUCGAAUGCCCAGUUGGAUACGCAUGUUAGAUAUAAGCAUAAGAACGAGAAACCAUUUAUUUGUGAAGAAUGUGGUCUGUGCUUGAGGACCAAUUCGAAUUUGAGACAGCACAUGUUGAUACACACCGAUAUAGCGCCGUACGAAUGUGAAGUAUGCAAAAAGAAAUUUAAAAAUAAAACUAGAUUAAAGACUCACUUGGAUAUCCAUAGUCCCAACAAACACGUUUGUAAUAUUUGUGGACUGCAGCUGAAUUCUAGAGCCACAUUGAAUCGCCAUUUCCUAGUGCAUUCUGAUGAAAUGCAGCACAAGUGUGACUACUGUGGCAAAGCCUUCAAACGGGCCAAAGCUUUGAAAAAUCAUUUGCUAUUGCAUACGGGUCUUAAGCCGUACUCCUGUGAUUUUUGUGAUCGUACAUUUGCCAAUGGUUCGAAUUGUCGUAGUCAUAUGAAAAAAAUGCAUCCAGAGGAGUUAGCGAUAUUAGAGGCUUCGGGCAAUAAGACACAUACGAAAAAUAUUCCAAAACUGGAAACUCUAAAAGCAGUCACUAAAGCAGCCGAUAAUCUAACACCAGUGGUAACGAAAUUUAGUGGUUGCUUUGCUUUUGGUAAAAAACCCAAAAACUUAGCAACCAAUGACACAAAACAGCCACAAAAGCCUCCACAAAAACUGAAAAAUCCAGCAGUCCCGCAACAUGAUACUGAGAAAUUGGCUUUAGCCUCACCUUCCUCCACACCCUUAGAUUUACAAUAUAUACCGCUGGCCGGUAAUACCACAACUUCCACUUCCUGCCUCCCAGAUGCCAAGAAUCUUGAAAAUGAUUUGUCAACAACACCCAUACCAAAUUUUGAUAAUAUUUAUCAACAUUUAAUGAAACAAAAUCAAGCAGAACUACAAAUCAAACGACCACUCACACAAAUAUCACCGCAACCAUCUCCCAGUAAUGUUAGUACACCACAACACAAUCCAUUUUAUCAACACAGCCACAACGAUAUUAUGAAUCACUCUAUGAAGCCUUCACAUCCUAGCAAUGAUUUGCUUCACAGUCCGGACAGCCAUCAUAGUUCAAUGACGCCUUUAACACACGACGAUCAUUCGAAUGCCUCAUCAAUACAGGCAACAUUUUAUGGACCAAUAAGAACAACUUUACCACCUGGUAAUUUUAUGUAAAUUUUUGUUGUACUUAUUAUUUAUGUUUAAAUAAAAAAAAAAACAUAAUUUUUUUUAAA